AUGACUUAUUCCGCGCCCACGUCCAACCCCGCAACCUCCAAGUCCAAAGUGAAGAACAUCCCCAAUCCGCGCCGCCUCCUAAUCCUCACACCAACCUCCCAAUCCCUCGCCAUAAUCCCUCCACUCCUACACUCCCUAACCGGCGUGCCCGUCCUUGACCCGCCACAACAGCCAGCCCCUUCGCCAACCCAAACCACACCGCAGUCAACCUCAAGCUCAACACCCCCGCCGCCAACAACCACCUUCGCCGGCUACACAACCCACAGCCCUCUCCGCCUCGAAACAAAAUACUACACGACAGAAGUCCCUGUCUGGGUAGACGAGAUCCCACUCGCCAUCCACGACAAUGUACAAGCUACCGCCACACCAACACCAACAGCCGAGCAAUGGAAAACAGACUUCUUAAGCACAGAAGCUGAGAUCGUGCGCGAGGCUGUUGGGGCUCUUGUUGUAUGCGCGCAUGCUCCUAGCGAUGUGACACCUCCACCCGGUUCCAAUGCAAACGCGGACCCCGGUGAGCGGCCCGACGUGCGCGCACUGCGUGACUUGAUGCGCGGUGUUGGCGCUGUCAAAGAGCGUAUUGAUGAGGAGCGCGGUGGGUUGGGCGAUGUUCCUGGUGUGUUUGUGUUGAUUGGGGGGAGGAAGGGUGCUUCCGGUGCUGGUCAGCAGGGAUCCAAAGAUCCCGAUGCGGAGCUGGGGCUUGGUGUUGAUGAUGCGGACUUAGGUGGUGGGGAUACGGUACCGUUUUCGGUAGGGUGGUGGGAAGAUCAAUUCUUUGAUAUGGGAUUGUUGGGAUGGGAGAUUGUGGAGUGGGAUCCUAAGGAGGGGUUGGAGGUUGAGACGCGGAAUCAGUAUGGAGAACGUGAGGGGAUGCCUCGUAUCAGAGAGGUCCUUGAGACUCAUGACUGGUCUAUGGUUGGAGGUGACUCUGGCUUUGACGGAGAUAAUGAUCCUGAUAUGGAUUCCGAGGAUGAUCUUCAAGACGAAUUAUUAGGUCUAGGUGGCUCUCGUGGGUUUGGUGAUGAGGUUCAUGAGCUAGAACGUGAAAUGUUCGGUUUGCGUAUGGCAAUUGAGCGUGGAGGUGGUGAUGGUGACGAGGAUGGCUCUGAUCAUGAUGAUCGUGAGGACGAGAUUGAUGUCGAGAGCAUGGAGGCAUUGAUGAUGCGUAUGCAGGCAAUCAAAGAUAUGAGCUCUGAGCUGCCGGAGGGCGAACGGAAACGAUUUGCUGCGAAAGCCGUGCAGGAUAUUAUGCGCGAGCUCUGA